AAGUGCUUGAAAUAGAGCGGUGUUUGAGUUCAAAAUUGAUAGACUGUGAAGGAGAAAUAGCCGAUUCUGUGGUAUUUUAUGCGGUCGAAGAGCCGCUUGUGAAGGUGACGAGGAUAAUUCAAGGCGAAUCUAAGACAAGGUUGGUCUUCAUCAGAGUAAAAGCUUUGUAAAUACGAAAACUGACGUAAUUCUUGAUGGCUAGCCAGCGCGUAGUUAGCUCAGAGCAUGGGUGGGUUUAGCUUGCCUCUGUUAAAAUAUGCGUAAUAUUAUGACUGUGUGGCAAUCUGACAUUCACCUAGCUUUUUUGUUCAAGGCAUAACCCUUUUGAAUUUCAACAGUGUUUCCUCUAACGCCCGACAAGUCUUGUUUCUAAAGCGAAAACGAUCUUUCAACCAAGGCCCUUAGAAAGUUGAGUUUCACACUGAUCAUGUUAGGUGACUUUGUUCAAUGAUCUACUUUUAUCAAACGAUAUUACGAUAUCCUAACCGGUACAAUUGAACCGGUUUUCUCUCUUGUGGUAGGUUCCUUUAGAUAAAGACUUGCACCUUUUGUUGAUUUCUUGUUUUCUUUAUGGCCCCUCAGAAUAGCAGAGGUUGUGGCUGUGAGCGUUACUCGAACAAUUGUGAUGGUUAUAGUGUACAGAUCACCGCGAAAGGAAUGUUUUCACAGCAAUCCAAGGUCGUAGUUGCUUGAUUUAGAUGAAAGUUGAUUGAGGAAAUUAGAAAAAAUUCUGAGCCAUGGUGUUGACUCCCAGACAGAAAGAAGAACUGUAAGUGAUUGUAUAUUUCUCUAUUAUUACGAAUUGAUUGACCUGUAGUUUCUAGAUCGUGUGUACGAUCGGAGGUGUACACGAUUUUUCUCUGUACAAUUUUUGAUAUGAAGUUUUUGCGGCGAGCAAGAACGGGCAAGAUCUAACUUUUUGUCGACAGCUAUCAUGUCGAAUACGUUUAUUGCAAAUUAACCUGGUAAAUUUUGUAAGCGGUCAGGAUCAUUGCGGAUUAGGGCAUUGUACUUAAUUAUAAACAGGCAGGCAAGAGUGAUUCUCUCAAGCUCCCGUUGAAACAAAGUAACCUCUCCUUAUGGACAGCCCUAGCAGGUAAUUUUUCUUAAAAAUUUAUUCCUUUUCUUCUACAGUCAUAAAGCCAUAGCAGAUUAUCUAUACCAAUGUGGCUUUGAAGAUGCCUUGAAUGCUUUCAAAAAAGAUGCCAGCAUGGUGAGAGACUUGCAUUAACCUUGUUUUAGAUGCACUUAGUUUUUGUCAUAUGUGUUCUUUUGUGGUGUCAUAUUACCUCGAUAUUUAAACAAAAAUUUACACAAACCCUCCAUUUAUCGUGACAUUCAUAGAUUUAAUUGUUAUUACAACCAUUACAACCUCUAAACUCAUUUUAGAUGUGUGUGAACAUACACUUGUUCAAAGUUCAUUCUUCGCCAUCAGCUCUAAACAUUUGCACCUGUGAUGUUGUGUCAAAAAGUAAUUGAUACAGCCCUAGUGGCUGUAAUCUAAUGGCACAUAUUUUAAGUGAUGCCAUAAAAUUGGCAUUGUUUAAUUUCUUUUAAUGUCACUGUUUGCAUUUGUCCUUUCACUUAAUGUGCUUGAAUAUUUCAAUUAAUUUUUUAGUCUAUAACUGUUAUAUGGACUCUGGGGGGGUUCUUCUUGUAACUGUGAAAUAAACAAAGAGAAGUAUGUUAAAGGAAUUUCAAUAACCAUAAUUAUUAAUAAUUAACUUUAGAUCAUAUUGAUGAAGUUAUUUAUUUGCAUUGAAGUGUUUGGUUUAGUCUAUUGUUGUUCAAGUUUGAAAUAAAUUGCUAUGGAUUUGGAAUUUAGAUUUGGCUAAGAUUGUUUAAGUGGUGUAUGCAUGUGGCAUUUGAACAAGUUCUCUACAUUUAAUUCUUUGUGUGUAUGAAGUCAAUCACUUCAGAAUAUUUUAUUUUGAUCAUUGGUAUUGUAACCACUCCAAUAAACUUGUUGAAAGGGUAAGUAACCCUUGAAGAGGGCAGGGAGGAAACCUCACUAUUUCUGGGUUUUGUUCUACCUGUUAGCCAGUGAAGUUAUUGAUUGAUUUGAUUGACCACUUCAUACAAUUUAAAUCUUACUCAAUUUUACAAUGCCUGUAAUAACUAUGACAGACCAGAAAUAAGAAACUCAAGCUCAGUUUUCACAGUAGAACAUCUGAUCAAAUUCUGAAAAUAACAGAUGUAAAUACAAUUCUCUUUCAUGUGAGCCAAAAUGCAUGGUUUAGUUAAAGAAAACGAUUCAUAUUUUUUGUAAUUAUUUAGAAGAUUUGUUUGUAGCAAUAUUCAUUGUGAUUUUCCUCACCUCCAGCCUGGUGAACUGGACAAAAAGUAUAGUGGCUUGCUGGAAAAGAAAUGGACAUCGGUAAUUCGUCUACAAAAGAAGGUUAGAUGCUAUCUUUAAGCAGGUAUAAGUGAUAUUCAUGCCUGGAGACCAUUGUGGAUGUUGUCUUUAAUAUCAUGUUUUAAUUUUUUCCAUACUUGUGAUAGUUUCCUUUUGCCCUGGUACAAGACACUUUUUGUUAGUAGACUAUGUUGACCUUGAGUCAAUGUAAUGCAUCUAAAUAUUUUCUUAAGUUCCAUUGUCAGAGGGUAGUUGUCUUGGGUAGUUGUCUAGGGUAGUUUUAAUCUAAAUGUUAGUUGCCUUGGCAAGUUUUGAAAUUACCCAUAUGCUACUAUUGCUCUAGUCGUCUUAUUUACUUACUUAAUGUUUUACAUCAGAGUUUUUAUUCAGAGUACAUGUGCAAGCCCAGAUGAUUACUAUAUGACCUUAGCUGAAUCAUUUAUAAUAUUAUCAUGUAGUCCAAAUAUUCCAUAUAUUGAUUAACCAUGUUAAUUACAAAUCAUUAAUAGUGUAGUGCCAUUUUCAUUUGAAUAUGGAAAAUCCUUUUGUUAGAUUUGAAUUUACUCAGAUGAAGAAUUAGUGGAAUUAAUUAGAAUCUUUGGAUUAAUUCCAAUCUGAUUAAUUUGUUUUCAGGUAAUGGACUUAGAAUCCAGGCUAUCAGAGGCAGAAAAAGAAGCAAGCACAGGUACACAUUGUAGGGGUUGUUGCAACGUGUGCAACAUCUUCAUCUGAGGAUGUCCCAUAUUUUCCAGCCACUUACAACAGGAGAACUAAUUCUUUUGUCUUGAGCUGUCCUUUUGAGUGCUGGAAUGGAAAACCCUGGCUGAAAUUGUUGUUUCUUUUGCAUUGGUAACAAUUUUAAAUAUUGAUCAACCAAAUAGACAACGUACGGAUCAAGGCAACAAUGACCAUUACUCUUUGUAUAGUGACUUGACUAGAACUUGUAAUUACCUGUAGUGCAGUACCUUUGUGUUGGCAAGGUAAGCAGUGCUAAGAAGGGUUAGCAUUACUUCCAAAUUUCAACAUCUAUUAUGUACCAGAAACAAAAAGUAAUUAAUAAAAGAGAAUGAUUUUGGAGGGACAACACUCAUAGAGAUGUGGUCAAUUUGUUUGCUUAGGUUCUACAUUAAAGAAAACGCGUUCCCCUGAGGAUUGGAUGCCAAGACCACCAGAACGGUAUGCAUAGAAGUAUUUCAAUGUGUAAUCUUAAAACAGCUUUGUGCUGUUCCAAGCAUGACCAUAAUCCCUCUGAAGAGGUCAUGUUUGACUUUGGUAAUCCUUAAAAAACAUCUUGAUUUGUUUACUGAUUUUAUUUCAAACUGUGGCCUUUGAGUCACCCAUUUUCUUGGUAAUCACUUCUGUCUUUCUGGGCUGUUCAUCUGUAAAGAGUGUAAAACUUUGACAUAAAUCUUGAGGAAAUGAAGAAGUUUACCUUAAAAUUACUGUAAAGUGCUUGUUGGCUUGUUGAAGAUGAUCGUCUGCUGAAAUUUUUUUUCUUUUGUUUUACCCUUGUAGAUAUGCAUUAACUGGCCACAGAAGCCCAGUUACAAGAGUGUUAUUUCAUCCAGUAUAUAGGUGAGAUUUGUGAACUUUUACUUUGACUUCAUGGGUGAUAAACUUAUUAAAGAAAGAUGUUAUUAAUUUGUCAUGAAUUUGGGACAAAGAGAUGAUGUUGUGUUCACCACAACAAACUGAACCCCAAACCUUUGGAUUACAUGAUGUUAUGUUUACUGCUGAGCUACAGAUAGCUUGUUAGUCUAUAUCCAUCGAAAAAGUAGUAAAAAAUUAGCAUUUAGAUAAGAAAACAACACCUGUUUUAUUGAACUUACUUUUGCAUUUCUUUUAGUGUCAUGGUAACAGCAUCAGAAGAUGCAACAGUCAAAGUCUGGGACUAUGAGACUGGAGAUUUUGAACGAACCCUUAAGGGCCAUACAGAUGCAGUACAAGAUCUCUCAUUUGAUCAUACUGGGAAAGUUUUAGGUAAGAUUUGAUUGGACUAUAAAAGGAUUCUAGAUGAAAGCAAAUUUAGGAAAAAAUGGUAAGAAAGAGAGGACGUUUUUUUUUUUGAUAGAUUAUAAACCAGAUGUUUCUCUCAGGCAGAUGUUUUUAAAAUAAAAUUUCCUUUGUAUUUUUACUCCAGCAUCAUGUUCAGCAGACAUGUCUGUCAAACUAUGGGAUUUCCAUGAAUUUGAGUGUAUCAAAACAAUGACAGGUGGGUGAUGUGUUUGUCAUGUCAUGUUUAGCUUCAUAAGCUAAAUUGUAAUUCAUUGGGGUACAAGCUUGCAAACAACAAUGAGUCCAGCAUUUUCUGUCAGUGUGUUUUUAAAGUUAUUUAUUCUGAUUAGUAGACACAUUGGAGCACUGUUUCAUUAGUGUUUUUUUUCCGCCUGAAGGAUUUAGCUUCAAAUUAUGUUGUGAGGGAUAAAAAGUUUCAUUUCUGGAACAGCUUAUGUGUCUAUUUGAGCUUUUGUUUGGGCUUUUGUUGAAGUAGUUUGUUCCCUUUUUUAAUUUUUUUAAAAUUAAUUAAUUUUUUUUACAAAUAACACAAAUACUUGCUAAUCAGUGGGUGUUCAUUAUUUCAAAUCUCCUUAAAAGUUUUCUUUUAUUUUCUUUUUCAGGACAUGACCAUAAUGUUUCUUCAGUGACGUUUUUGCCGUCAGGAGAUUAUUUGGUGUCAUCAUCCAGAGACAAAACUAUAAAAAUGUGGGAAGUAGCCACUGGGUGAGUUCAAGUUAAAAAGGCGAAUUACACUAGUGGCAAGUUUGUGGAUAAGAUUAGCAACUAUACAGACACUCAAAGUAUUUUAAAAUUGGGUGGGAAAAGGUAGAUAAAGGCAAAUGCAUCAAAAGUAACUGCUUGCCAAAGUUCAGAUGACUUUUUACCAGGAAAAAAGAAAAAAAAGCAUAUGAAACCUUUUUUUCCCCAAAUAGCCAGUGGAACAUAUCACAUACAUGUAAUUGGUAAUUACGUAUAUGAUGUACAGGGUUGGAGAUAUCAAAUUCUUUCAGGGAUGGUAGAGGGUAAUCAAGUUCCUAAUUGGGAUUUCAGGCAUUUAAUCCAAAGCAAAGCAACACGAGAUGACCUGAUCUCUUGUUUCUUGUAUUACAGGUAUUGUGUGAAGACAUUUCAAGGGCACAGAGAGUGGGUCAGAAAAGUUCGUGUUAGCCCAGAUGGUAAGUUGUGUAAUCAUUCCAAUGUCUUCUGUAUACACAAUGGGUACAUGUUAUUGUCAUGGCCAAAAUUUUGUUGUUAUUUGAUAUCUUUAAACCGGUUUGGUUUUUUUGUCAAAUAUGCAAAAGUAACUGAAAACAAUGGAAUAUAAGAGAAGACAAAUGUUAAAAAAUCCAAACCAUAUCAUUUUAAUGGACAGUUUGAUUUUGUCAGAGAUGUUUUAAAACUUACUGGUUUAAAACCUUUCAAAGUUCUUUCCGUGGUACCAAUUAAAUCAAGAAAAAAUGUUUUAAAAGGUGUCGGGGGGGGUGGGAGGAGAAUUCAGGAAAACUAAGAGAUGUGUCAGAGGACUCUAUCUAUUUAGUUUAAUUUCCAGUGUUGUAAUUAAAAUACAAUGAGUAGCUUGUUUUUAUUGUUCUGCAGGUGUGUUGAUAGCAAGUUGUUCAAAUGACCAGGUAGGCAAGUAGAUUAGAUUAUUGAAUGUUUCAUUUAGAGCAGCCUUACAUGGAGUUACUUUUAUCUGCUGUCUUAGAUUUAAAUGCAGUCAAUUGAAACAAAAUCUCAUGAAAGGAAGUGUUUGCUCUACAGACAAUCCGUGUGUGGAUUGUGGCCUCUAAGGAAUGUAAAUGUGAUCUGCGUGACCAUGAACAUGUAGUGGAGGAUGUUGCAUGGGCUCCAGAAUCAGCCCACCCACAUAUUGCAGAAGCUGCAGGAUUGGAGGUACAUUAGAUAUUUCUAAAUAGCUGUGGAGGAAGGAUCAAUUUUGUCUCCAGUCCUUAUGUGCUUAGUAUCUGUGAUCAUUUAAAUGAAAAAACAAAAUAAUAUUGUUCUUAUUAAUGGAAAGGUGAAUAUGUUUCAAUCUCUUUCUUUUGUGGAGUGUAGAAAAAUUCUGUCGCUAUCACAGUCAUUAGAAAAUCUUUAAGAGGCCAAAAUAUUAUCACCUAGUGUAAUGGCAAGAUACUUUCAUACUUUUGAAUUUUUUGAGCUUAAGUAUUUGUCAUGGUGAUGGCUUCUGUUAUUAUCUUGGCUUACUCUGAUGUAGGGUGGAAAACGAGGAGGAGCUGCAGGUCCAUAUUUAGUGUCAGCAUCUCGAGAUAAGACAAUCAGACUGUGGGAUUGUGGUACUGGAAUGUGUCUAAUGACUUUGGUUAGUUAGCUAUGCAACAGUUUCUUUGGCCAGUAUUUUGGUUUGAUCAAAGGCUGAUUUACAUUGAAAAUGGAGUCAGAGCAAAACAUUAGAGGCACUGACAUAUAUGACACUAAUUGUGCUAAUGGCUCUUAAGUUUAUGAUCUUAUGAACAUUGGUUGUCACAAACAUGAUUUUUCUUCGUCCAUUUUUAUUUUGAUUAGGUUGAAAGUACUUUCUCAACUCUGAUUACAACUCUCAGUCUGACUUUGUAAAAUCAGCCUCUUGUGGCAGAAAAUUUAUUUAUGAUUGAUGAACUGUAUUGUAGACCACAGAAUAGCUUAGUAGGUGUUCAUAUAAAUCUGACAAAUAAUUUUACACAUUUGCUCUGAUAGGUUGGCCAUGAUAAUUGGGUGAGAGGUGUUCUGUUUCAUCCUGGAGGCAAAUAUAUAGUUAGCUGUUCAGAUGACAAAACUCUUAGAAUAUGGGACUACAAAAAUAAAAGAUGUGCAAAAACGUUAAUGGCUCAUGAACAUUUUGCAACAACUUUAGGUAAGUUUCUCAAUAUGUUAUCACCAUUUGGCAAUGCUGUUUUCUUUUGCUCUUUCCCCCUUGUUAGGCCACUGAAGAACUUGUCUUGAACAUUGUUCACUUAACUCUUAACUCUUAAAAGUGAUCAAGACAGGAUUUCUCCUGACAAUAACUAUUAAAUAUCAAGAAAUUAAGUGAUGAGAAUAACAAAAAAUGUCAAUCAGGAAUUGUUAGUUGAUCCAAGACCAAAUUCUCUGAACUACCAUCAUAUGCAUUGUAUGGCAGACUGAGAGAAGAAUUACUAUUGUGAUCUUAAGAGCAAAAGAGUCGAGUAGCCAGUCCUUUUCUUCAUCAGCUUGUGGCAUAAAAUUUUGAGAAAUAACUGUCAAUCUUCAUAAUGUAAUUUUCUCUUUUUAUAUGUGUUUAAGAUUUCCACAGGUCAACUCCGUUUGUAAUAACUGGAAGUGUUGACAUGACAAUCAAAGUGUGGGAAUGUCGUUGACAGUUGUGGAUGGAAAGCAAGCUCAUAAACUUAUCUCUAAUUAGUACCCAAGUGGAAAAUUGAUAUUUUAAUUCAAGAAAACUUGCAGGACUUAGUGUAUGAGGAGCAAGAGACUCAAACUACCCAAGAGAAGUGCUCUGAUUCUCAAUUAGUGUUUCUCGAAAGAGAUUAGAAAACUGUACUGGGCUUGAUCUCACAGAAGAACAAGUCUCGUAUACAGAAAGAAACUUAUCAAUAUUAUAUUUUGUAUUUGGAGAAGUUUUAAAAAAUUGCUUCUGUGAAUUCAUUGCUGGUUGUGGAGAAUUCAGUUCGUUGCAGCGUCAUUGGGCAGAAGUUGGUGUUUGAUGAUAGUCCUGAUUUAGUUUUGUGGUAUUUAUGAUGGUUCUUAACCAGCCGUGAUGUCACUCUGUUAGUAAAAUGUAAGUUUUGUUGCCUCUAUGAUAAAAAUCUCUUGUGUGUUGUACAUCAUAGCAGAAUUUAAUCAAUAUGGACAUUAUGGGGCAGAAGGAAAGCUUCCAAAAACUAGCCCACAGUGACUAUUCUAGCAUAUUUUCAAGGUUGGUACAAAAGACCAGAGGAAUCUGCUCAAGAACUGUUGCCUGUUGUAUCUGUUUUGGGGCUUUUUGUAUUAUCUCUAGGGGUACUGUAGGAAAUAAGGCAAGCCCUGAGCUUCAAAUGAAAAAAAGGUAUUUUAUGUAGUAUUGAUAUCAUUCUGGGUUAGGUGUAAAAUUUACAGAAAUGAAACUCGAAAGAUCUCUCAACAGAGCCCUGAAUCUUGUUAGGUGUGUUCACCGUUAGUGCAGUGGUUUGUACUUUUUUCCAAGGGUUAUUUUGUUUGGUAACAGCCCAAGUUCAUUUUGAACAGGUCAGCCUCAGCUUGCUUCCUUUCACAUCAUUUAAUUUUUUUUUUUGAAGAGUAAUGUUGGCUUUUGCUUACACAAAUAACAACCUCUGGCAAUUAAGCCCUCAGUGGUAUUGUCUGAUUGUCUUGCUCUCAGGGACUUUUUCCACAAACAUGAGACAGAAAGAACAAAGUAGCUUGGGUCCAAGGCACUGCAGGGGAUCCUUUUAAUGUGACGACAAUAAAACAGUUUCAUUAAUUACAUUGAUCAAGAAUUUCUUGGGCUGAUUUCUUUAACAUAUCCGCCUCUUUCUACCUCCAGAAAAUAUUUUGUUUGUUUUUCUAGAGGUUGAAAGACAGGUAGUGUUUAUUUGAAAUUCUCUAAUAUCGACCUUGAAUUAUCUGUAAGAUCUUAUUAAAGAGAUGUGAAUACCGUUUUAUGUUUCAUUGCUGGU